AUGGCGAGUCCUGCUCACUGCCUAUACUGCUUUGAAGUCUUGUCCGCGAGUUUCGACCGGCGAGAUCCCCCUACGUUGCAGCGAGUGCUCGAUUUGUACAAGAAUUACAAAUUAGAUACCGACCCUGAUGCAAUAGCGGAAAGCGAGGAGAAGCGAGAUGCGGAGGGAGGUGUCGAUGCCGACGCAGAAGACGAGGAAGUUGCUGACGAGGACGACGAAGAUGAGGAAGAGCAGGCAUCUCUACAACACGAAGAAACUCGUCGUCCUCAAGUAUCAAGCAUAUCGAGGCUGAAGGCAUCAACGUCCUCGUCCAGGUCUUCUUCGGCUUCUUCUCCUUCCACAAGAUCAGCCACCUCUUCCAAUUCUCAGUUGACCGCUCAUUCCAGUGCGACGUCCAUCACUCCGUCGUAUGCAUCUCGACUCUCCGUCACCGACACCUUCCCACUCUUCAUUACCUGGAACACCAUCUCCAGAUCAGGUCACAAAUCCUUGCGCGGCUGCAUUGGUACUUUUGAGGCUCAACCACUUGCAUCAGGUCUAUCCGCAUACGCUCUUACGUCGGCCUUUGACGACACGCGCUUUUCACCAAUCCCGGCCUCGCUACUGCCUUCCCUUUCCUGCUCGUUGACGUUGCUAGCCAACUUUGAGCCGUGCAGUGACGCGCUAGACUGGACACUUGGUACCCAUGGCCUACGUAUCAGCUUCACGUAUCGCAACCGUCGCCACGGAGCUACGUACCUCCCUGACGUAGCUGUCGAGCAGGGCUGGACCAAAGAAGAGACAGUAGAGAGUCUGAUGAAGAAGGCUGGUUGGGACGGAGGAUACGGACAUGGUGUGGCCAAACGAUUGCUCAGAGGCUCCGCUAGGUCAAGUGACGGCCAGAGUACGAAACCAUGGGACGAUGUGCAGGACUUUCGAGCCGUGCGAUAUACUGGUUUGAAGUCUAGUGCAUCGUAUAAUGAAUGGAUGGAAUGGAGAAAGUGGGCAGAGAACCACGGAGAGGCCUUGAAGUGA